GACCUUCUCGUUGGCUAGCGAGAGUGAAAAACCAAGAUGGCGGAUGGCAAACCGCGUUUUUAUACUUUGAGAAAACAUCGCAAGAAAUCAAUUUUCUUCGCUGCUGUGGGUGCAUGGCUCGUGAAAUAUGGAGUUGACAGGUUCAGAGACUACCUCACACGGAGGCAGUUUUGCGAAGAAGCAAAGGCAUAUUCCAAGGAGUAUUUACAUGCAUUGCAAAAGCCGCGUCGCCUUAUGGUCUUUUUCAAUGCCACUGCUGGGAAAGGGGAAGCUGAGAAGCUCUUCCAGCGAAAUGCCGAGCCAAUAUUACACCUGGCUGGUCUUGAUGUUACUAUUGUCAAGACGGACUAUGAGGGUCAAAUUAAAAAGCUCAUGCAGUACAUUGAUCCAAGUCUAGAUGGUAUAGUGGUUGCUGGUGGUGAUGGCACUUUGCUAGAGGCAGUCACAGGACUGUUAAGAAGACCUGACCAGGCAGAUGUCUCUAAAAUUCCCAUAGGAAUUAUUCCAGUUGGAACGAACAACACCUUUUUCAACAGAGUAUUUGGCAGUGGAAAUGCUUCGCAGUCUAGACAAAUUGGCAAUGCUGCCAUGACGAUAGUUAAAGGACAAACCACAUCAGCUGGUGUAAUGGAGAUUAAGGGUGAGGAAGGAAGACCAACGUUUGCGCUGAAUGGGGUACACUGGGGGGCAUUCCGUGAUACAGCUGAAAGCUAUGACAAGUAUUGGAUCACUGGGCCCCUCAGACAGAAAAUGGCUUACAUUGCAAAAACCUUCCAAGGAUGGCCCCCUGUCAGUCAUGCCAGAAUUUCGUAUCCAAUAAAUGCACCAUCACCAAGACAUGCCCUCUCUAUCACACCUUCAUCUUCUCCUGGCUCCCUUACUUGGCGUGACAACGCGCACGCUAUGGCUAGCACUGCCGGUGCCACUAGUGAUGGUGGAACAGAAAGCGAUGGUUGGAUAACAAGGGAUGUAGAGACACUCGGCCUGAUGAUUGAACCAGUUAUGAAAUCACUAGACAGUAUGUUUAUCAGAGUCAAAAUCUGGCCCCAAGACAUGGCAAAGAUAGACUUUAUAAGACGCGGGUGGAAGAUGGAGAAGAGAGAAUUAACUUCAGAGGAUGAAUCAGAUGUUGACUGUUUUGCAGUUCAAGAGCUAAAAUUUGUUCCUAGAGAUAACGAGGAGUCUUGGUUUAGCAUAGAUGGGGAGCCCUUUGAUGCAAGAACCAUCCAUAUAAAAUAUCAUCCAGACAAACUAAUAGUCUUCUCUGCCUAAGAUUCAAGAAUAUAGAUACAGGAAAGGAGAUAGAGCUUUGGUACUAAGUGCUUCAUCCUAAUUAGAUGAUUUCUAUUUUCAAAAUGUCAUGCUAGAAAUCAAUAUCACAUUUUACAACACAAUGAUGUAUACAUCAGAUUUUAUUGUAUGUUGUUCUUUGUAAAACCUGUAUAUUACAAAUGCUAAAAAAAAGGAAUAGGUUU